AGGUCGGAAACUCGCGAUUUAAUAUCCCGCCCACAACCUGGGGAUCGUCUACGUGGGGGAUAAGAGGCGGGGGCGAAUGGUCGUCUUGGUGGGAGUCGGAGGGCCGAUAUGGCAGUCGGCGGGCAGUCCGCUGUCUGCCUUUCAAAGGCUCGGGCCGGUUAUCGAUGAGAGUGUAUCGUCAGGGCGCAAUAAAUCGACGACGAGAGUUUCACUGGGUAAAUUAUUGCGUCAAAAGUUGGACCGCCGCCGUCGUGCCGAGCCCGUAAAAUACCACCGAUAAAAGUCGCGCGGUGUCCCUUACCGGGGAUCAAAUAUCAUUCUGACGUUCGUUAAAGGAAACAGUGUUACAAUCGAAGAUACCUCUACCAGGAUUGAGUUUCGUUCCUGGGAAGGCAUGCUCAACAACAUCUCCACCGGCGGCUCCAUACACGGAAUCCCCGGAAACUCGGGGUCGAUCGGUCAAGGUGACGACAAACCGGCGAAGCAGAAACGGCAUCGGACGAGGUUCACACCGGCGCAGCUCAACGAGCUGGAGAGGUGUUUCAGCAAAACGCAUUACCCCGACAUAUUCAUGCGGGAAGAAAUCGCAAUGAGAAUCGGACUGACGGAAAGUCGCGUUCAAGUAUGGUUUCAAAACCGUCGGGCGAAAUGGAAGAAGCGAAAGAAAACAACGAACGUCUUCAGGUCACCGGGAUCGUUGCUGCCAUCCCACGGACUGCCGCCAUUCGGAGCGAUGAGCUCUGCUGCCGAGCUCUGCGGGGCCGCUGGGAUGUUCCACGCACCUACGGAUCGAUGGGGAAUGGGCCCGGGACUCGGGCAGCUGGGUCAAAGCGGGAUGGGGAUGGGCGGUUUCGGCCAAAGUCUGGGUCAGCUAGGGCAGCAAGGCGGCGGAGGUCUGGGCACGUCGCUUGGCCUGGGUAACUCUGGUCUCCCAAUAAGCAGUCCGUCGCAAACGGUAUACCAGGCUAGCUACGGUCUAAACUCCCUCGGGGGUGUUCACGUCUCGGCGUCUCGAGGUUCCCCACCCGGGAGUUCGUCGGUCGGCGGUGGUCAACCGGGCAGCUUGGGUCCCGGUUUAAACUGCGGUCAGGGUUCCCCGGGGGCAGCUUCCGGCGGUGGAGUAUCCUGCGUCGGUACGGACGGAAGCGGCGAGGCAACCGACUGGCGGGGCGCCCAUAGCAUCGCGGCGUUGCGACGCCGGGCGUCGGACGCCUCCCAGCAGCAGUACAGCCCCCAGCCUCCACCCCCGGGACCCCCUCAGUACACCGGCCACGAUCUCGAGUACAGUUCGGUAUACUAGGGCGAAUUAUCCGCCCCCAUAUCGCCCAACAUUUUUUACUCGCUUGCUGCUCUCGUUUACUUCCUCAGAUUGUUUUUACCCUCUUCAGUUUCGUUUUUGACUUUGUUUCAUAGGAUUUUUUUCUAUUUUAUUGUUACUCUGUUUUUUGUUUGUUUUUCCUUUUUCUCUCUUCAUUUUCUUCUAUUCCCUCGAUUCUCGUGAAUUUUUUUUUUUACCUACCGCGCGACAGCCCUGACGAUCGUGUUUUGGCUGAGGCACAUAUGUCGGAAAAAUAAAGAAACAGAGUAACACGAGUUUGUAAUGAAAAUUGAAUAAUAUCGUUGUGUGAUUUGUACCUUGUCUGAUUAUGAAUGAUACGGUACUUUUAUCACCAAUGCAUGUAUGCGUUAAUGCGUAUACAUACUUUUAACGAUAUUCUUCUCUUCUCUCACUCUCAAGCUUCUUUGUCGUUUCGCGAGGAUACGUUGUUCUCGUAUGUUUUUUUUAUUUUACAAUUAUGUUCAACGAGGUGCCGUUGAGUUGGUUGUAUUUUUUUUUUAUUUCGCUAAAUCGAACUUGGAAAACAAACAAAGGAAAGAAAAUAAAACAAGAAGAAUUAAAAGAGAAUAGAAACGAAAUGGACGUGAAUAAUGUAAUUUAAUUAUACAGCAUAUUUAAAUGAACUGCAAUUUUCCGAAGUUGAGGUAUACGAUAUAAUAAUAAUAAUAAUAAUAAUAAUAACAAUAACGAUAACGAUAAAAGAAAAUCAUCACUGCGGGUACGAUAUUUUAUCUAUAGUAUAACAAUAUGUAGUGAUAUGUAGAUGUAUGAUACCUAGUGCAAGAAACGAGGCAUUGUAAAUAGAGUCAAGAAAUAUGACGUUAUAAAACACACAAUAUCAAUCAUAUUGUAUCAGCUGGUAAUUGCAUACAACUUGUGGGUAUAAUUUUCAAGUCAGAAAAAAAAAAAAUAGUAAAAAAAUCCCGAAUCGAGACGAAAAAAUGUUUAAGCAAAUUUUCAGACAUGAGGUCCAUAAUUGUUGCACGAUUUUUCUCGUAAACGGAUCUCAUUGUUCAAUUGGCAUAAGAAUUUCAAUUCGUAAUAAUUUUACCGAUAACACAUUCAAUUUUCAUUAUUCGAUACCCUACUUAUUAUCACUUCAACAGACGAGAAAGGAGAAAUGUCUGAGAAAUUGGUUAACUGUAAUUAUAUACGAUUAUAUUAUGUUAUAGCGCGUUAUGAAUUGACGAAUAAUAAAAUGUUUUAUCGUUGUCUCGAUAUAUUAAAAUACACACACACAUAUAUAUAUGAGAUGGAACUUUUGUAAAUAAAUUAUGUACCUAUAACCUACGUCAAUCACGUCACGAUAAUUCCAGGGGUAAGUUGUAUCCACUCAUGUUAAAUUGGUAAUCGAUACGGACAGCAAAAAUGACGAUAAUAAUAAUAAUAACAAUAAUAAUAAUCGUUAUUACUAUUAUUAUUGUAUGGUAUGUAAAAUUUCAUCUAGCAAUUAAUUAUCACAGGGAUAAGAUCAAGGAUAAUUAUCUCUACCGUAUUAUUGUCACAUCAUAAACAUACGUAAAAACCAUGGCGGAGUCGUUAACAUAAUAAAAUCGUCAAAUAAAGAGCAGCGUAUCGACGAACUGUUAUUAUCGUUAUUAUUGUUAUUACUAUUAUUAUUAUUAUUGUUAUUGUACGUAAAUACGUGCGUAUAUAAGCACGGAAAAUAGGUAUGUAUGUAUAACGUAUGACGAAGUGCAAGCAGAGUAAAAGACAAGAGUAUGCUUUUAAAUUGUGAUAUUUUCGCGGGCACAUCUAAUGUAUUCGGUUUGUCGUUGAUUUUUUUUUUUUUUCCUUGUUUCUCCUCACAUUUUCUCCUUUCCCUCCCCACCCUUCAAUAAAAAUCCAUGCGUAAUGGUAUUAAAAACGAUGACAGCAAAAACAAAAACAAAAAAAAAAAAAAAAAAACAAACAUACUCCACAUGUAGGAAAAAAACCCGCGGGCAACGAAAUCGCA